UCACGCCCUUUGAAGGGGCCACCUAUCCUUUGUGGAUAUUAAAAAAAAAAAAAAUCCCGGAAGCGACAUUGAAAUAUUACAAAAGAGCACUGCCGUUGCAUUGGCCUUGGGGUUGGGGAGGGGGGUUCCACUGGUGGGGGGGAAAUAGUUCGCACCAAAAGGCCUCCCCUCCCCCCUCUGUGCCGAGACAAAGCCUCCAGGUGACGAACAGCACUCGCGCCGCCUCUGGCACUGUGACGAAGACGAAGACGAUAACGAAGACCAAGGCCGAGGCUGAGGCGAACAAUCACGAAGAUGGCGAUGAACAGGGUUGCGGACCGUUUGGCGACCUUUGGGGAGACGAUAUUCACGACAAUGUGUGAGCUGGCUUCGGAGCACGACGCAGUGGAUCUCGGCCCAGGGGCGCCUGACUUCGACGGUCCGGAUUUUGCCAAAGACGCGGCGAUCGAGGCCAUACGGUCUGGGAAGGGGCAGUACUCUCGCUUGCAAGGCGUGCCACCCCUUAAUGCUGCCAUAGCUGAGCGGUUCCAGAAGGAUUAUAAUCUAAUGGUUGACCCAGACUUAGAGGUGACCGUCACCUGCGGGUGCUCGGGAGCGAUUGCCGCGGCAUUCCUUGGGCUGGUUAAUCCUGGCGACGAGGUUGUUUUGAUUGAACCUUACUACGAUUGCUACCCAGCAUGUGCCGCUAUGGCGGGUGCGACGAUCAAAUGCGUAACCUUGAGGCCGCCGAGUUUCGCAAUAGUUGAACGAGAACUAAGGGCAGCAUUCUCGCCUAAGACGAGGGCAAUCGUCAUCAAUUCCCCACAUAAUCCGACGGGCAGAGUGUUUUCUAAAAAGGAAAUGGAUUUGAUUGCCUCUUUGUGCCAGGAGCACGACUCGCUGGUCCUCAUGGACCAGGUCUACGAGAAGAUCGUCUUCCCGGGUGCAAGCUUUCUGGCUAUGGCGGCCUUGCCGGGCAUGUACCCACGCACCGUGUCUAUGUCCAGCCUGGGAAAAACCUUCAGCUUGACCGGUUGGAAAAUAGGUUGGGCAGUUGCCCCGCCCCCUCUCACAGAUGCCAUUAGAAGGGCCCACCAAUACCUAACCUUCUCCAUUGCUACCCCUUUGCAAUGGGGUGCGGCAGCUGCUCUCUGCGGCCCCGGUGAAUUCUUUUGCGAGCUUGUACAUCAAUACACUGCAAGAAGGGAGAAGCUCGUGACGGGACUUCGAGAGGUCGGAUUUCGAGUGUUUGAGCCUGAAGGUGCUUUCUUUGUCAUUGCAGAUCACACUCCUCUUGGAAUCGCGGACAACGACAUAACCUUCUGCAAAUACUUGAUCGAACAUGUCGGGGUCAUCGCCAUCCCCCUAAGCUCCUUCUAUUCGAAUCCCAACGACGGCAAACACCUUGUUCGUUUCGCAUUUUGCAAAGAUGACGAUACCCUCUCUGCGGCUAUCUCCAGAAUGAAAGCCAAGCUUUGUGGUGUAGUUGCUCCUUCACAAGAUCCCUCACAAGAUCCCAACUGCUGUUGAUGCGCGGGGCAUGAGGUUUGCCCAUCGCUGUCCGCAUGAGAUGUUUGGCCAAUACUGGUAUCUUCACAGAUAUCACAGUUUCUGAUGUCUUGAUGUAUUCCUCCUUGAUUUCACAGCUGGAAUACUGACCGUAGAAUCGGCGUAGAUCAUUGUUUUUUCAGUGGCCAGUCUCUUAUCCAUGGCCGGUCUCUACCAAGUCAUCCUCCUCGUUAAUUGACAAAGGCUGUUUGCAACAUUGGCUGACGCACUCCUCCUCCUCCUCCUCCUCCUCCUUCUUAUUCUUUUUUUUUUUGUUUUGGACCAUUUCUCGAUUUGUGCGGCAUCCUUGUGCAGGGGCCAUGUGUGUCCUCUCUGUUCACUAUUCACUAUUCUUUUGCAUUUUCUUGUUUUUGUAUUUGAAUGAUUGACAAUCCUAGGGGAUGGAAAUCCUGCAAAUGGGGUCCAUGAUCACAAAUGCUUUACGA